GAGGGAGGAGCAGCAGAAGGGCAGCAGUAGCUGCUGCUGCUGGAGGAGGAGGAGCAGGUGGACAGGGAGAAAGGAUCCCUCCCCCCUUUUGAGCCGGGGUGUCCGCGGGAUGGAGAGGGACAGCCAGUGACGGGCGCGCAGAGGAAGGGACAGGUGGAUGGGGGAGGGAAAAGGGGGGACCAAGAGAGAGACACCCUUGGCAUCUGUGGCCAUCCCGGAUUAGGCCCAGAGGGAACGCUCCGGAGAAGAUGGAUUCGGUCCCCAAGGUGGUGGCCAGUGUUUUGACUUUGCUGUUCUCCAGUCUCUACCACCCAGGAUGGGCAGCGACCAAUUAUAAUUGUGAUGACCCAUUGUCAUCCCCACUGGCUCCAACAGCAUUUUCCAGUUCUUCAACAACCCCCAGUCCUCACAAUCCCACCUUUGCAAAGCUCAACAGCAGGGAUGGAGCCGGUGGUUGGUCUCCAGCGCGUUCCGAUGGUCAGCAAUGGCUUCAGGUGGAUCUCGGAAACAGGGUGGAGAUUACUGCGGUUGCCACUCAAGGAAGGUAUGGGAGCUCGGACUGGGUCACAAGAUACAAUCUCAUGUUCAGUGACACGGGUCACAACUGGAAGCAAUUCAAGCAAGAAGACAUCGUCUGGCCGUUCACAGGAAAUACCAAUGCUGACAGCAUCGUGCCCCAUAAACUCCAGCACUCCGCGAAGGCGAGAUUCCUACGGUUUGUUCCUCUGGAAUGGAAUCUGAAUGGGAAGAUAGGCAUGAGAAUAGAGGUCUAUGGAUGCUCCUACAAAUCCGACAUCGCCAGUUUGGAUGGCCGAAGCUCCCUCCUCUACAGGUUCAAUCAGAAACUGAUGAGCACUUUCAAAGAUGUGAUUUCACUCAAGUUCAAGAGCAUGCAGGGGGAUGGAGUCUUGUUCCACGGAGAAGGACAGCGUGGUGACUUCAUUACCUUGGAGCUGCGGAAAGGGAAACUCUCCUUUCACAUUAACUUGGGUGACGGCAGGCUACGAUUCAGCAGCAGUCCCACCACAGCCACCCUGGGCAGCCUUCUGGACGACGAGCACUGGCACUCUGUUCUCAUCGAGCGUUUCAACAAGCAGGUGAACUUCACAGUGGACAAGCACACGCAGCACUUCCGGGUCAAAGGCGAUGCCGAUCACUUGGACAUCGAUUACGAGCUCAGUUUUGGAGGGAUUCCAGUUCCAGGGAAACCAGGAACCUUUCUGAAGAAAAACUUUCACGGAUGCAUCGAAAACCUGUACUACAAUGGAGUGAAUAUCAUUGACUUGGCAAAAAGACGCAAGCCUCAAAUCUAUACUGUGGGCAACGUGACCUUUUCCUGCUCAGAACCGCAGAUUGUUCCCAUCACAUUCGUCGGCUCCAGCAGCGGUUAUUUGUUGCUCCCCGGAACUCCGCAAAUCGAUGGCCUGUCCGUCAGUUUCCAGUUUCGAACCUGGAACAAAGAUGGUCUGCUCCUGUCCACCGAGCUGUCUGAGGACACGGGCAUCUUGCUGCUCUACUUAGAGGCUGGGACAUUAAAGCUCGUUAUCCGGAAAGCGACCGAGAGCUCCGUUGAGAUGCACACAGGCACCAACCUCAGUGAUGGCCUGUGGCAUUCAGUGAACAUCAACGCCAGAAGAAAUCGAAUUACCCUGACACUGGAUAAUGACGCAGCCUCAGCCGUUCAUGAAACAAGCCUGGUGCUGAUAUAUUCAGGAAACAGCUAUUAUUUCGGAGGAUGCCCUGAGAAUGUCACCGAUUGUCCGUGUUUCAAUCCCACGAAAGCUUUCCAAGGCUGUAUGAAGCUCAUCUUUAUUGAUAACCAGCCCAAGGAUCUUCUUUUAGUCCAGCAAGGUUCCUUGGGGAACUUUAGCAAUUUACUCAUCGAUCUGUGUAGCAUCAAAGACAGGUGCUUGCCGAACUACUGUGAACACGAAGGAACGUGCACUCAAUCUUGCUCUGCUUUUUACUGCAACUGUAGCCAGACGGCUUACGUGGGAGCCACAUGCCACAACUCUAUCUAUGAACAAUCCUGUGAAGCCUACAGACACAAAGGAAAUCCAUCAGGUUUUUUCCAGGUGGACUUGGAUGGAAGUGGGCCUCUCAGACCAAUGCAUGUUUACUGCAAUAUAACAGAGGAUACUAUUUGGACCACUGUGCAGCACAACAACACAGAGCUCACGAGAGUCCGAGGGGCUAAUCCCGAGAAGCCGUACACCAUGUCCUUCAACUACAGCACCAGCACGGAACAGCUGGAGGCCCUGAUAAACGGCGCAGAAUAUUGUGAGCAGGAGGUUACCUACCACUGCAAAAAGUCACGUCUGCUCAACACCCCGAAUGGAACGCCAUUCACAUGGUGGGUUGGUCGAGCGAAUGAGAGACAUCCUUAUUGGGGUGGAUCUCUUCCCGGAGUUCAGCAGUGCGCAUGUGGAUUGGAAGAAAGUUGCCUGGACAUUCAACACUUCUGCAAUUGUGAUGCCGAUAAAGAAGAAUGGGCAAAUGAUACUGGCCUCCUUUCCUUCAAAGACCAUUUGCCUGUCACUCAGAUAGUUAUCACUGAUACGAAUAGAUCCAACUCAGAAGCUGCUUGGAGAAUUGGUCCCCUGCGUUGCUAUGGAGACAGACAUUAUUGGAAUGCUGCCUCUUUCAACACAGAAGCCUCGUAUCUUCAUUUCCCCACCUUCCAUGCGGAAUUCAGUGCUGAUAUUUCCUUCUUCUUCAAAACAACGGCCCUGUCCGGCAUCCUCUUGGAAAACCUCGGAAUUAAAGACUUCAUUCGACUUGAGAUAAGCACUCCCGCGGAAGUCACCUUCGCCUUCGACGUCGGAGAUGGUCCUUUGGAGGUCACCGUGAGAUCUCCGUCCCCUCUGAAUGACAACCAGUGGCACUUCGUCAGAGCCGAGAGAAAUCUCAAGCUGUCUUCGCUUCAAGUGGACAGCCUCCCGAGGAAGACGGUGGAGACGUCUGCUGAAGGGCAUUUCCGCUUGCAGCUGAACAGUCCCUUAUUUGUAGGAGGCACAGUAUCCAGGCAGAAGGGUUUUCUAGGGUGCAUCCGCUCUUUACGCUUAAAUGGGCAGAAGCUCGACCUGGAAGAGAGGGCGAAGGUGACGGCGGGAGUCAGGCCUGGAUGUCCGGGACACUGCAGCACUUACAGCACCUCCUGUCACAACGGGGGGAAGUGUGUGGAGAAGAACAAUGGCUACUUCUGCGACUGCACCAACUCUCCCUAUGAAGGGCCCUUCUGCAGGAAAGAGGUUUCUGCAGUGUUUGAAGCUGGGACUUCAGUGACUUAUGUCUUUCAAGAGCCUUACCCUGUGACGAAGAACUCUAGCAUUUCUUCCUCAGCCAUUUACACCGACGCUGUUCCAUCUAAGGAAAACAUUGCAUUGACGUUUCUGACAGCACAGACUCCAGGUCUCCUCCUCUAUAUCAACUCCUAUUUGCAAGAUUUCUUGGCUGUGAUCCUCCUUAAGAAUGGAAGCUUACAGGUCCGAUACAAGCUGAAUAAAGAAGAGCCCCAUGUGUUCACCAUUGAUGCAGAAAACUUUGCCAACAGGCAAAUACACCAUGUGAAGAUAAACCGAGAGGGGAAGAAACUAACGAUUCAGGUUGACCAGUUUCAUAAAGUCAGGCACAACUUCUCUUCGGACGUGGACUUUAAGGCUGUCAAGUCACUCACUUUAGGCAAGGUCACAGACAGCCUGGGAUUAGACUCCGAGGUUUCCAGAGCAAACUCGGUUGGCUUUGUGGGGUGCUUGUCCUCCGUGCAGUAUAAUCAUGUAUCUCCGCUGAAAGCCGCCCUGCGUCACCCCACUACUGCGCCUGUGACGGUCAAGGGCACCUUGUCUGAAUCCAGCUGUGGAAGCCUCACUGAAGCCGAUGUCAAUACAGUAACCACAAUCUACUCCUCGUCAGAUCCUUUUGGGAAGACAGAUGAGAGGGAACCACUCACCAACGCAAUCCGAAGCGACUCGGCUGUCAUUGGAGGUGUAAUAGCAGUGGUGAUAUUCAUCAUCUUCUGUAUUGUUGGCAUCAUGACCAGAUUCCUUUACCAACACAAACAGACCCAUCGAACUAACCAGGCAAAGGAGAAAGAAUACCCAGAGAACUUGGACAAUUCAUUUAAACAUGACAUUGACCUGCAGAACACAGUAAGCGAGUGUAAGCGGGAAUAUUUCAUCUGACGGACAUCAGGGUUCCCUUUAGCUGUUCUUUGUUUUUUUUUUUUUUGUUUUUUUUGGUUUGUUUUAUGACUGUUCUCCUUGGAAGAAAAACACCCCUCAGGGGAGACACAGGCAACAGUGGCACUGCCUCCUUUGCUGCACAAACCUGUCAAAUGACGUCUACAUCCAGAUUACCUGCUACACUACUUUAGAUUGAAUAAGAGCCACAUAUGUGCAUGGUUGCCAAUGAGUUUUCAUUUUGUCCACGGUUUCUCGAGUGUUGCGUUAUUUUCCAGAGCCUUUUAAUCUCAGAGAUUUGCUGCCGACUUGAGCUAGGUGAUUUAGAGGUAAAACUGUCGAUUGGUGACAUCUCGGACAUUAGGAUGGAGAGACCAGAUUCCAGAGUUGCUGAUUCAUGUCAAGGUGACUUUACAAUGGUUAAGAGAGAUUUUGUUUCUCACUUUCCACAUUCUGAUCAGUCCCCCGUCAUAACAGCCCCUUUGUAACUUUUAGGUUCUGAGCAUUUUCAAAUUCAGGAUUGCUGAUAGUAGCAAGGGGUACAAAAGAAAUACUUUUUUCCUCUUGCACCACCAUAUUGCAGGAUUGACCAUUUAGAACAACAUUCGGGAGCAAACAUCAUCUAGGGAAAGCUUGGAAGAGAUUUGCCUGAGACUCAUGGGUAAGAGGAGGCUGCUAGGAAUUAGAUGCUGUCACCCUCACUGAUGACUCAUCCUAUUUUGUAUGCAAUAUUCAAUCUAAAAAUAUUAUGUUACUGCCCAUCAUUAAUUUACCAAGGGUCAAAAAAUGUGAGUUUCUAUGAUUAAAUGAAACCCAAAUAUAGAACUCAGACACUCUUUAGUACCAUUAAAGGGAUGAAAUCCUAUUGACUAGAAAACAUGCUCUGACAGAAUGGAAGGGGAUUAUCAUAUGCAUUAGGUGAUCUCCGUCAUCUCUCCACCUGUGACUGUGUAGAAAGAAAGUAGAAGUGCCAGCUUCAUCCCUUAACACUCCCUCAACUUUCCAAAUGCUUUCCCAGUGAAGUCAUUUGGGACCAAGGACUCACACAGCUUCGGACUCCUACCCUAGCUGAUUCCACCUCCUCUGAUGAAUACUUGAGCAGAGACUCAAAUCAUAUUUGAGAACCCCCAGGAAGAGUCGGCAAAGCCUGAAGGAUUUGCCCCCCGACACCUGGAGGGUUUGAAUCCCUUAAAUAAUUUGGAGCGAGUGUUCCUCACAUGCCUACCUCUCCUGUCAGUUCUCUUGACUAGGUUCAGUAAGCUGAACCACUCUAGACUGAAAACUGGCCUUCAUCCCCUGAUUAUUUUAGGGAAACUAAUGGAAGAAAGAGAGCAAUGCCAAUAUAACAGUCCCCAGCUGAGGAUGGGUCUGCUGAUCUAUUUAUGAGACAGCGUAGAUUUUGCAAAUAAUUACCACCUGGCUAUUUCCAAGGCCUGACAGCGAACAGACAUCUCAUCAUGUUCACAGCUUUUGUAUUGCAUCUGAGUAUUUAACGCUAUGUUUGCAUGACAUGAAUUUACAGCAGUGGCCUCAUUAGUUCUAUUCCAACUCUAUUCCCUCCUCAUCAUCUAGAGAUAGGAAUCGCAGGGAAACCAUCCCUUCUUACAGAUGAAGCUGCGCUGCUUUUGGAUGCUCUGUCAAAAGCCCACAGACCCAGAUGGUUCAUUUUCCAAUUUCUACAGAAUCCUCCUCCAUUUUCUUCAUUAUUUUAAAAAUGCUCUGGCCCAGUAAAUACAUUUGAAAGGGUCCUAAUAAGAUAAAAUUGCUGGCUCCUAGAAUACUUAAUUGCCUUUAAUAAGUAAGAAGAUUGCUU